AGAAUACAUACAUAYAUAUUCAUAUUUAUACAUACAUAUGCCAAUCAGUUAUGUCCAGCCCAGCAGCACCAGCCGAUGUGCAGUAUCUACGCUGUCUGAAGUGCUUGAAGAUCAUAAAGUGCUCGCGCUACGACACCAGCUGCUUGGUGCAUCACGUGCAGAAGGAUCAUCCGGAAAUCCUGGCGGACACGGCCAACGAGAAGCUGCUCAAUCUGCACAAGCUGGCCGCCGAGCAUGGCAUCAGCCAGGAGCGUCUCUCGGAGAUUAGCAAGAUGACCGGCCUGUCCGAGGUGCAGAUGGCUGACGAAGCCGAGCGCUAUUUGCAGCGCAAGUCUCAGGGCGAUGCGCCCAAGCCGAGUCGCUCAGUUCCAAUGAGAACGGAUUCGAAGGAACUGGGCCGUCGGCAAUUCUAUCGCAGCUCCAUCGAGCGCUGGGUACCCACCGACGGCUGCAUCUAUUGUCCCAGCUGUGGCGUCAAUCGACGGCCGGUGAUCAAGACCAGCAACGAGUUCUAUACGACCACUGGCUGCCCAGCCUCCUGUGUGGCCAACUGUUGGCCCUUCUGUUUUCUGCCGUGCCUCCAGUCGUCGGACAAUCGCGAGUAUCUGCACUGUGCCAACUGCAAGAGCUUCCUGGGCAUCUAUGAUCGGGAAAGCAAUUGCAUACGACCUAAUCGGGAAUUUGUGCCCGGUACUAAAUAAAUUAUAUUUGCUGCAAUUACGAAUAAAACUAAA